UGGAAUUCUAUGAUAAAAUAGAUUCGAUUAAUAUGAUACAAAAUUCUAUUAUCAAUAAAAAUCUAGAUGGCCUAUUUAAUCAAAUCCGAAGUGCAGGAAGCUUUUGGUAUCUACAUCCGAUAUUUUCAAAAUAUUGGUUAAUGAAACAUAAAAUAUGGCCUUGGGUGAAACAAAACCAAUCUUUUUUAUUUCCAUUUAUAGCUACAAAUAAGUUAUCUACAUCAAAACAAUUAGCUGAAGUUAAGCGCAAGUCUAAAAAUAAAAGAAAAAAAUCUAAGAAACGAAAAAACAAUGACAAUAAAAAUUUGCCUGAUAAUUCUUAUCAAAACUUGUCAGAUAAAAGUGAGAAUUUUAAUUCUUUAAGUCAUCGACCAAGAAUUGGAACAGAACCCUGUAUUGAUUCCGAAAAUGAUGUAAGUAAUACUUCUUUUGAGUUAACAAUUGAUAAUACUUGGAUUGAAUACACCAGAAUUCAUCAAUUACAUGCUCAAAAAAGAGAAAAGUUCAAAUUGGAAUUGUCUGAAAAAUAUGAUAAAAGGGAUUCAACAAAAUUAGAAUUUCCAGAACCAGAUUAUAUUGAUGUUAAAGAUAUUAAUCAAUAUGAUACUAAUUUUAAUCCAUCAUCAAAAACUCCCAAUUAUAGGCCUAAUGAGAUCAGAAAGAUUCAACUGAAUCAACUUUAUGGAGAUGAUUAUGCAAAAUCAAUAGCUUAUAUGGAAACUGCUUUGCAAAAUACAUUUGAGAAUUACUGUCAAAAAUAUAACCCAACAUUAUGGCCAAUUAUACCUUUUAAUUUAUGAUAUUCUAGUUUUAUAUCAACUAUAAAUCUAUAAUAUAAAUUUAAAACUUUUAUUAUGCAUUAAUUUUGUAAUAAGACCAUUUAUGUUAAAUAAUCUUACAGCAUGAGAUAUUGGGACUAGUAAUUUAUGUAAAUAAAAUA